AAAUUUCCUGCGUCCGCAAAGGAAGCCUUCAUUGACAAAGGAAACGCACAAAGGAAAUACAAAUCAUAAAUAAAAAUUAAACAAACAGCAAACGGAAAUAAUUAAGCAAACCAAAAUUAAAUUAAAUAAAUUGCAACAAAUCUGUGCCGCUUGCGCUUUAGUAACGGCACCAUAGCGAUUUAAAGUCGUGCAACCAAACAAUCGGCUUAAACAUUGACAUCAUUGAUUUAUGCCUCAAGUGUAAAUAAUUCGCACAAUACAAUAAAACCAAAUUGAGGCUUUCCACCCUCCUUCUUCUGGCCACAAAUCCACACCAAUCAAAUGCAAUGAAAUGAAAUGUUGCCAUUGAUUUGUGCACAUUGCCAUUGUUCAAUUGUUGGUUGAUUUUAAACUGAGGAUCCGUACUUAAGUUGAGCUCCAUAAAGCCAAGUCUGCCAUCAUGGACACCGGAAGCGUGGUUAGUGAACCGAUUUCCGCGCAUCAUCGCGCCUUCGCCAAACAGAAGUCCGCGUCCAUGACCAUUCUGAAUCCGAAGGGUUGUGGCAGUGCCGUCAAGUACAGUCUUCACUCGGCUGCAGAGAACAACCAGGAGUCGUGCAGUACCACCACGACCACCCACAGUUCCACCACGGGAAGAAGGCGAAAGGGUGGCUCUUUGGGCGGAACACUCUCCUCUCGAUCCACGAGGAGCGAGUCGAAGGAGUUGAGAUCGGCGCUACAGGACCGCGAGGCAGUUAUCCAGAAUUUGCGUAUCCAGCUCUGCUUGGGAAAGCUGCCACGCCCCACUGGACCGCCCCUCGAUGAGUCGGAAAAGCCAGCGGCCGAACAGAAACUAAACAGACUCAAAGCCGAAGCCGAAAAUAAACGCAUUAAGAUCAAGAAUCUGAAAAGUGCUCUGGAGAAACUUGAUAUCACAGACAACAUAGACAUUCGCAUCAGACAAGCCGAAUUGGAAUACGCUCUUGGGCGGGAGGAGCUCCAAAUGCUUUCGAUCGUGGAGGAGGCUCGUGCCCUGCAAGCCCGCCUGGAGAAGUCCAAGCCCGAAGCCCAAACCCUCUACAAUAUUAUCAGUUCGGGAGUAUCCCUAAGUCUACAUGCCGUUCAUGCCACCUCUGGCCGGUGGGCAGCCCAACAACGAACGGAUCAGCCAGGAUUCUACGUGGAAUGGGCCCUCGAGGGUGAUGGUCUCUACAAGGGAGACCGCAUCUUGGAGAUAAAUGGUCGCCUCGUCACUGGCAAGUCCAAAGAGGAGCUGCAGAAGCAAGUGGGCAACUCGGGAAAAUGCCAAAUGGUAGUGCUGCGAAAGAAAUCAGUAGCCAUUCCCCAGAAGCAGCUGGACCAAGAGAAGGAGAACAAUAUGCGGUUGCAGCAUCGUAUUUCCUAUCUAGAAGAGCAGGUCCGUGAGCUCCAGACCGUCAAGGAGCAGCCGCACCAGCAGCCUCCGAAUCAGCCACUCCACCAACAACAGCAGCAGGCAUCCUCCAAUCAAUCCCAGCACGUAACCAGCAUCAGUAUAUCCUCACCUCCCUCCACGCCGCCCGAGAAACCCCUAAUCUUCCAGCGGGGCAACUACAUUACCACCUUAGUGGGUGGCAAGCCCAUCGAACUGAUGGGCGAAGAGCCCACCAAGACCCCUGUAGGACAUGUGACUAAGACCCUCAUCAAGGAGAACACUCACAUUGAUCUCAGGGAGCGUCUGCCGCAUAUGUACUCCAUGCCCUCCAAGUCGUUGUCCGCCUCGAAGAUUUCCAUUAAUAGCGAUUCAGCGUACAUGCAGCAUCAUCGUCGGGAAAAGGAGCGACACAGGGAGCGACAGCACCGCGAUCGUCCAAGAGAUCCCCUCCAGCAGCAGCAGCAGCUGCACCGGGAGCACUUGAUGAGCGCACAUGCACGCAGUGUGGAGCAUCUGAACCAGUACAAUGGAAUCGAUCGCCGCCGGGACACCCCUGGACGUCAAAGCGACGCCCACACUCUACGCCCUCGUCUUCCCAGCGACAUGAGGAGUGUCAAGUCCCUGGACUUUGAUAGCGAGAACGAAUCGAAGCCACCGACUGAGAGCCGCACCACUCGACCCACUCCCCCCAAGAAACCUUUGCGCCUUUCCCUCCAAAGAGCCCAAAGUCUGCAAACGGUGGAACUUCAUCCCAACGCCGAUCUCGAAAGGAAGCGACCCAUGAAGCGGGUCCACCACAAUAACAACAACAGCAAGGGCGGAGUAUCUCCUACGGAUGAGGGUCAUACCAUGCUCAUCGAGAACUGCAGUCCCAUGCACACAGCCUCCCUGGGCAGGCACAAGCUGAUCUGAAUGCAAAGACCCCAAAAACAAAACUUAUAAAUAUAACUAGCUUAACCUUCAAUCACCAGUUGGUGUUUGAACCAAAAAACAGGCGGAUAUGUGCAAAAUUAUAAUUAGCAAUAUACUAUACCCUUACGAAACUACCAUUAAGUGGGUAGUUUAGUUUAAUGGCUUAGUUUUAGUACUUACAUUCUACAUUCUUACAAAUACAUAUCGAUAAGUAGGGCUUGGCUAUUAUCUGGUAGUAGUAUUGGAAAAAAACGUAUAUAAUUGAGCGUUUAUUAUUGUAUGAAACUAUAUGACGAUUAUAUUAGCACAAUUUUUCAAUGUGAAUACACGAAUAAUUUCACUUUA